AUGUGCACAUCAUCAUCUUUGACCCUGACUGCCUUCUACGUGGAGCCUGAACCGUCGAAAUCCGAGGAGAUAGAUGGCCCGGUCCCAUCUCCUUCCGAUCACUUCAGCCAAGUGUGCAACCCGGAAAUGGACGGCUCUGCUACCAUGUCUCCUCUUCUCUUGCCUGAAAAGGAAUCAAACAUGAGGAACCAAGCACGAGUGGCCAUCGGACAAGCAGAAGAGUGA